AUCUUCCUAGGCUAAUGUGAUAUAGAAAUAUGGUUCCUUUUAGUACUAGUCUUGCUUAUAAACUCAAUUCUUCUCUCAUUAUCUACCUACCCUUGGUUUACAGUCCGACUCAAAAUCAAACACAAAAGCCAUGAAGAAGAAAAGGUCUAGUCCAUAGCCAAUAGAAAUCCCAAAGAGUCUUAUCAAAACACCAACACAAGUACCAUAAAAUCUAAAUCCUAUUCACUUCAACUCAAGAACCACAAAACCAAGCCAGAAAAAUGAUGCCCCUGCCAUCAUCAACAAUGACCCAGAUGUGGGCAACAAUGGGCUCAACUUUAGCCAGCUUCAUGUUCGUUUGGGCAAUCAUCCGCCAGUACUGCCCCUACGAGCUUCGUAGGUUCUUUGAGAAAUACUCACACAGAAUCAUGGGCUACUUCUACCCCUACAUCAAAAUCUCCAUCCAUGAGUUCACUGGGGAGAGGCUUAAGAGAAGCGAGGCCUAUUCUGCCGUGGAAGCCUAUCUCAGCAACAACACUUCAAAGAGCGCCAAGAGGCUCAAGGCAGAGAUGGUCAAAGACAGCAGCAACUUGGUUUUGAGCAUGGAUGAGUACGAGAGAGUUACAGAUGAUUUUCAGGGUGCUAAGAUUUGGUGGGUUUUGUCCAAAUCUGUGUCUCCAGGGAGAUCAAUGUCAAUGUCUUACUAUCCAGAGCAGGAGAAGAGGUUUUACAAGCUCACUUUUCACAAAAAGUACAGGGAUAUAAUUACAGAGUCUUAUUUAGACCAUGUGGUGAGGGAAGGGAAGGAAAUCAGGGUGAAAAAUAGGCAGAGGAAGCUUUACACAAAUAGUCCUGGAUACAAAUGGCCUAGCUACAAGCAGACCAUGUGGAGCCACAUAGUGUUUGAGCAUCCAGCUACUUUUGAAACAAUGGCAUUGGAGCCAGAGAAGAAGAGGGAGAUCAUUGAAGAUUUGGUGACUUUCAGCAAAAGCAAGGAUUUUUAUGCAAGAAUUGGCAAGGCUUGGAAGAGGGGUUAUUUGCUUUAUGGGCCACCAGGGACUGGGAAAUCUACCAUGAUUGCUGCAAUGGCUAAUUUGUUGGGUUAUGAUGUUUACGAUCUUGAGCUCACUGCUGUCAAGGACAACACAGAGCUUAGGAAGCUUUUGAUUGAGACCACAAGUAAGUCUAUAAUUGUGAUUGAGGAUAUUGACUGCUCACUUGAUCUUACAGGCCAGAGGAAGAAGAAAGCAGACAAAUCUUCUUUGGAAGAUGAAACUAAGUCCAGUAAGGAGAGAAUUAAGGAACCAAAAGAAGAGGGUCAUGGCAGCAGCAAGGUCACUCUUUCUGGGCUGUUGAAUUUCAUUGAUGGGCUUUGGUCUGCUUGUGGUGGUGAGAGGCUUGUUGUGUUCACCACAAACUAUGUUGAGAAGCUUGAUCCUGCCCUCAUCAGGAGGGGCAGAAUGGACAAACAUAUUGAGCUUUCUUUUUGCAGUUUUGAUGGGUUCAAAGUUCUGGCAAAGAACUAUCUGAAGCUUGAAACACAUCAAAUGUUUGAUACAAUUCAGAGGCUGAUGGGGGAGGUCAAAAUGACCCCUGCUGAUGUAGCAGAGAAUCUCAUGCCUAAGUCCCCACAAGAUGAUCCAGAGAGAUGUCUUUCAAAUUUCAUUCAAGCUCUUGAAGAAGCCAAGGAAGAAGCAGCUAAGAAAACAGCUGAAGAAAUUAAGGAGAUUGGCGCAGCCAAGGAGGAGGAGGAUGAUGAUGUGCAGACACAAGAAAACAAAGAUGUUCAAGUCAAGAGUGAUUUGGUUGGCAAUGCGAAUGUGUCGUUGUAGUAGAGCCUAACUUUUGUAAAGAAUUUUGAAUUUUCUGGAGGGGCAAGUGGCUGAUUAUGGGGUUGAGUUGAUGAUGUUAAGAAUUAAUAUUCUCCUUUUGGGUAAAAAGUUCUGCAAAAGAUAUCUGUUGAAGCAAAAAUACUAAUUAGAGUUGAGCUGAUCC